AUGAUGCUGCUGCAAAUCCUCGGCGUGACCCUCCUGCUGCUGGGAGCCUCGGCCGGGGAGAAGGCGCGCCAGCGCCGACACUCGUAUUCCGGGGAGUACGGCUCGGGCUCGGGGACCCCGUUUUCCUACUCGGGGCCGGACCGAUGGGGCCCCAUCACGGCUCUCCGGAUCUGGGAGCAUUGCAACAGCUACAUCAGCGGACGCUGCCGCUGCCGGGUUGUGGCUGCGAUGGGGAGAAAUCAGACGCCCCUGAGCGGCGUCUACGACCCAGACACAACAACCGUCGCUUUGCUGCGGCUGCGACCCGACAACUCGGUGUUUCCCCGGGGCUCUCUGAGCCCCAGACAAACCCAGUCGCUCCUCCGGCCUCGGCAAGCCCAAAGCAAGGUGGAUUUCCCCGCGGAGCGGGGCGAGCUCCGUGUCCCAGGCGGGAUGCUGCCGCUGCAAAGCCGGGUCGUGACCCUCGGCCUCCUGGCUAAUUCGGUCCCAGAAAUUGCAGGAAGGCGUCUGGUGCUUGAAGUGCACGCUCCUGAGUUCCAGGGGAGUUUAUCCACCAGUGUCAGACCAGAUGCCGAGAACGUGUCUUGGGGGGUGGGGAAUGGGGCGGGGGUUUCCCAGCCUGUCACAUGUGUCCCGUACAGGAUGCUGCUGCUGCUGCAAACCCUCCUCGGGACUUUUGUCCUUCUGGCAAAUUCGGUCUCGGAAACUGCAGCCCAGGCCCGGUUCUCCUAUUCCGGGGAGUACGGCUCGGCUGUGGGGACCUCGUUCUCUUACUCUGGAGACCACAUCUGGGGGCCCAUCACGGCCUUCCGGGUCUGGGAACACCCCAGCAGCUUCAUCAAAGCCCUCCAGUUCCAAUUUGCUGGCACGUGGAGCAAGACGUACGGCUACGAGCAGGGCAACCAUCACGAGGUGACCCUGUUCCCGGGCGAGGAAAUCACGCAGCUCUCCGGGAAACACUCCACCUACGUCUUCCAGCUCAUCUUCUCCACCAGCCACGGACGCAUCUUCUUCUUCGGCCAGCCGGCCGGGGAGAGCUUCAACGCCGUCCCCCUGGAGCAGGGCAACGUCCUGGCCUUCGUCACCGGCCACCACAACGGGGUGGGCAUCACGGGCAUCGGGAUGCACUGGGACCACUCCAGCUCGCUGGCGUUAAAACCCUAUGCCCAGGUCCCAGAGGCGGGGAAUCCCUCUGGCUAAUGGAGCCCAUCCAGUCCAGCAAAAUCCUGUGGCGGGGCGUUCCCCUCGUUAACACCUCGGCAUGUGCCCGCUCCGCGUGGCACCGUGGAGCCAGUCGCUGGCUGUGAUCAGUGGCUGAUUAAUU